GAAAUAUAUCUAAACCUCUGAGGGUGAAUAGGGACUUUAACUCGUGCUAAGAAGACGCCUACACUGCUGGCUUUUUCGUUAUUGGCAAUCCAUGUCAGUAUCCUUCAUUCUCAGUUUCCCUUGUUUGUUCUUGAUUUACUAUUACUUCUUUGGUGUUUUGCUGUCCCACUGAGCCAAUUCCCUAAUUCACUCUGCAGAGUGCUCACUCUGACUAACUUUCACUUACAGGAACAGUGUAUAAGUAGGUUUUUCAUCUCUCAGAGCAUUUGCAGUUCUCAUGAUGUGGAUGUCUCUUGCUGUAAAUAUUUAGAUCCGCCGGAAGUGUGAAAUGAAUUGACCCUCGUUGAGUUUGAAAUGAUUGUACACUGGUGGUAAUUUCUAACAAUUUUUCUUUCCUAUUGUGACUAAAAUUAGCUACCUGUUAGCUUAAUUAUCGCAUUGGUAUUAAUUGUGAUCACGAUGGUCUCAUUUUUGGUAAACAGGGUGUCAGCCUUGUUUGUGAAAACGUUUAUGAAGUCAACGAUUAUCCAACUACGACGUUUGUCUUUGAGCUGGCACCAGAGACUGAUGUUGGCUUUCUUGCACGCACAAUACACAAAGUUUCGUCGUAUUUUAUCCAAGAAGAGGUCGCUCAUAACUUGCACAUCAUUCGGGGGGCAAGAUGCCGUCCUAGUGUUCAAAUGAAUGGGCUUACGCAAGUCGACAGCGAUGAAUGUUCAGUUCUCAGAGUAUACCUCUGGCCAAGAAACCCUGUCCAUGGUGCGAAGGAAUUGAGUUCUUACGAGUCUGAAAAGCGACCUAUCGCUGUCUACGAGUUUGCUGGUUCUCUGGCAGUAGAAACAAGGAAAACCUUCGAUUCAUUUACCGAAGAGAAUUUCGUGGAAUACAUGGCACGAGCAACAUUACCAGAACAAGAGUUUAUCAGGCACAGAGAGGCCAUACGAAAAUUGUUGCACACAUAGCGACUGAAUCAUUGUUUGCCGAUUCUUAAAUUAACUCUUGGUCCUUAUGAAUGGUAUUUAUAUCUUUUGUAAAUAAAAUGACUUAUUUUAUUAGCCAG